AUGUAUCCUGUUGAAAUCAUUGAUGAGGGAGUGGCCCCUCCAGUGGGCGGUGUUACGAUACCAGAGGUUGCUGCAUCCAUCAAAACUGCUUCGGUGAGCAAGGCGUCGCCUGUUGAUAGCACUGUGCUGACCACUUAUCCUGAAGAUUCGUCGCCAAUCCCGUUGAAAUGGGGCGAUUCGUCUCCUGAGUCGAGAGGCCCAAUAGUUGCCUCGAGAUACAGGGAUGGGUUGUCGAAACACAAUGCCAUUGGAGCUCAUUCGGGCUCUUACUGCGUCUAUCAUGCGCUGGCAGUGGGCUCGAACCAGUUGAACCCCGAACAUGUGGCAGACUACACGAACUCGCAGCCAGCCUUUUCCGUUCCCGAGCAAAAGGAAUGGUACAAUGACGAGGACAUCGUUGCGAUGGACGCGUUUGGUCAUCUAGCUCCGCUUUUGUUCGGUGAUACAUCUGUCAGGGAGAACGUCGAGAUCAAACCGACGAUCGCCAUCACCAAGGCUCACAUGCAGCUGUUUGAAAUGAAGGAUGCUGUUGAGAAAGGUCGCUUGCAGGUCGAUGGUGACAUUGUGAUCAAUAGAAACGGUGAUUUGAAUGUCUCCAAAAUUGCCGUCGAACCUGUGUGGUAUCUACCUGGUGUCGCCAAAAGAUUUAAUAUCUCAGAGGAGCAACUAAGAAAAAGCCUGUUUGAGGACACAAACGGUAUGUACCCUGAGUUGAUAACCAGACCAGAUAUCAAGGUUUUCCUGCCACCGAUCGGCGGAUUGACAGUCUACAUCUUCGGCGACCCCCAGUAUGUUUCUGAUCCUUCCAAGACACUAGCUUUGAGAAUUCAUGACGAGUGCAACGGUUCAGAUGUCUUUGGCUCCGAUAUUUGUACUUGCCGCCCAUAUUUGACUUUUGGGAUCGAAGAAGCUGUCAAAGAAGCUCAAACCGGCGGGUCUGGCGUUGUUAUCUACUUCAGGAAGGAAGGUCGUGCCUUAGGAGAGGUCACCAAAUACCUGGUCUACAAUGCCCGUAAGAGAGGUGGUGACACAGCCGCCGAGUAUUUCCGCAGAACUGAGUGUAUCGCGGGCGUUAGGGACAUGAGAUUCCAACAGCUGAUGCCGGACAUCUUAAAAUGGUUAGGAAUCAAAAAAAUUGACAGAAUGUUGAGCAUGUCGAACAUGAAGCACGACGCAAUUGUGGAGCAAGGAAUUCCAAUCUUGCAGCGUAUCCCUAUUCCUGAUGAACUGAUUCCACCAGACUCCAGAGUUGAAAUUGACGCUAAGAUCAACUCUGGAUAUUUUACAAACGGCAAAAUACUGACACUGGAAGAGCUUAAAGACGUCAAAGGCAGAGAAUGGCACGACGUUGAGUAG